AUGAGCCGUUUUUGUGCGAUCUUUGUCCUCUUUUGUACGCUGUGUCAAGCUGACAAUAUUUCUCUGCAAUAUAAAGCAAAGCUGGAGUUUGAUAAUAAAAAGUCAGAUAACGAACUGAUAGGAGAAUAUAACGCAGGGUCUCUGUGUUUAUGUUCUACUUUGUGUAAAAAUGAUUGCGGUUUUUAUGGAUACAAUCCUUUAUUAAAGAAAUGCCGUCUUCACAAGAAGGUCUUUAACACUGGAGUUUCUGAUGAAGUCGGUUGGAAAUACUAUUCUUAUAGUGGUAUAAAUACAGAUUGCAAGGGCCAUUUUCUACAUGGACGGACACAGUCCGGAGUCUACACCAUAAAUCCUUUUCGUAACGAAACCAAUAUCACCGUGUACUGCGACAUGGAAACCGAGGGCGGAGGUUGGACUGCAAUACAGAAACGGGGGAGUGGAUCUGAGAGUUUCAAUAGAUCGUGGGUGGACUACCAGAAUGGUUUUGGAGAGGCUAACGACUCUUAUUGGAUUGGAAAUGAUUUGAUUCAUGAAUUGACCAAAGGAAAUGACUCGUCCCUGUACAUCUCCAUUUCAUUACAAAAUGGCAACACUUUUUAUGAACGCUAUCAACUAUUCUCCAUUGCUGAUGAGACAGAUGACUACAGACUCCUACUCGGGGGACCAGCCAAUGGGACCCUGGGUGACAGCAUGUUGAACCCUAAUUUCCAAGGCAAGGAUCUGUCAGGAAUGCCAUUCAGUGCUCCAGACAGGGAUAACGAUAAAUGGGGCGGAGGUAGCUGUGCUGCUUAUCGUGAGGGAGGCUGGUGGUUUAAUAAUUGCCACUGGGCCUUCCUUAACGGACCCUGGGCCCCAGCUUACUGGCACAAUCUGUGGUAUCCAACUGUCAGGAACGGGGACUCUGUAACAGAGAUCAAAAUGUUAAUCAAGCGUCACUAA